AUUGUAGCAGGAGAAACUGCUGAGUGUGAUGUGAUGGAAUUUUUGCAUUAGUACUUGUGCGAACAAGGGAGUUGGAAGCAGUUGUUUUCAGGACUCACAGGGAAGAUACCCUUGGGAACUUCUGACUGAAGAUAAUGAAGAUGGCUGAGGCUAUCUGUUGCACUUUGUUGAAUUGCAACUGUGACAACUUUAAGCCUGGAAAGCAGAAAAGACGUCAGUGUGAAAACUGCAAGCAUGGCUGGGUUGCACAUGCUCUUAGUAAAUUGAAGGUGCAGGACAUGUAUCAGCAUGGCCAGGUGGAGAUUGUGCAUACCAACGUGGUGUUUGACAUCUGCAGCUUGAUGCUGUAUGGGACCCAAGCUAUUCCCAUACGCCUUAAGAUCCUUUUGGACCGCCUUUUCUCUGUUCUCAAACAAGAAGAGGUUAUCAGGAUCCUCAAUGCACUUGACUGGACACUACAGGACUACAUACGAGGAUAUGUACUGCAGGAUGUAGCAGGAAAAGUACUGGAUCGAUGGGCUAUUAUGACAUUUGAGGAGGAGAUUGCAACCCUGCAGCAGUUUCUGCGCUUUGGUGAGACCAAAUCCAUCGUGGAACUCAUGGUUCUACAAGACAAGGAGGGUCAAGCAGUAUUAGUUCCCAGCACUCGGACCAUCUCAGAUAUUCAUACAUUCAUUGAGCGAAACACGUCAUGCUCUUCUGCUAUCUUGUCUACAACCAAAGCAGAGAAGCAGAAAGGCAACAACAUGCACCACUUUGAGAAACUUAUUAAAAGCAUGGCCUUCAUAUUGCCUUUCCAGCUCUUAAAUUCUCUUCCAGCUCAAUGUCUUGGCUGUCCAACAGGUUCAUGCCAGCAGCUUCAUGAGCAACACCAGGAGUCAUGCCAAGGGUCAGUAAAGCACCAGAGUCAAAGGCAAGGUGAUCAAGCGCAGGACAACAUUGCUAAUGAGAAAAUCCACCAAAUUCCAUCUUCAGCAGACAGCAGCCAUAUCGGUACCAACUCUGUCACAUUCACUGCUCUUCAAGACAACCAGGUGGAAUGUCUUUCCUCAACAACAAAGAUUGAGGGGGUCGCAGGCGUGCUGGAGCCUAUCCUAGCAGUCAUCGGGUAGGAGGCGAGGGACACCCUGAACAGGUGGCCAGCCAAUCGCAGAGACAAACAACAAUCUGCUCUCACUCAUACGGGCAAUUUGGAGUUCUCAAUCGGCCUACUAUGCAAGUUUUUUGGGAUGUGGAAGAAAAUCGGAGUUCCCGGGAAAAACCCACGCAGACACGGAGAGAACA